GGGAGGAGAAGGGGAGGAGGAAGAGGAGGAGGAGGAGGAGGACGACUACGACGACAAGGAGAGAAUGGAAUAACGUCUCUCUCCGGUCGUUGCGUGGGGCGUUUCAACUAGGAAGUCGUACAGCUGCCAAAGUUAUGACCUUGAAGAUUCUCUGAGCUGGAAUGAUCAUUGUCAGGUAACUCCCUGUGCUACGUUGGGAGAAAAAAAGAGGGUGGAUGGUUCGUGGGGGGCUGGAGCCAUGUCGUGAAGAAAGGCAGUCGUGCGUCAUGACAGGGGAUUGCCGCCAUCGCCGUCGAUCGCCGUUCUUCGUAAGCGAUUUUGCGAUGACGGCUCGUCAAAUCACAAGUACUCGGAUGACGUGGCUCUUGCUCCUCCUCCUGUUCGCUGGGUUGGGAGUGUGUAGCGCAUUGAAGGUGGGGAGCUUCGACUGGGUUACAGGCACAUUCAAGGGCCGAUUUACUGAGUGUGAGUGGGAGGAAUUGCAAACUGAAGAAUAUUUGUAUAACUGGUCAUCAUAUAGAGUUGCGUGCACAAUUACGAGGAUUAAUAACACUCGACCAUCGGUACGUGGUCGGAAUCACAAUCAGGUUCGUGUUGAUGGCGAGUUCUGGCCAGACAAAGGGACCGGUAUAUGCAGAAUGACGGAACAAUCCCGGGGACUCAUUCGCUGUGACCUACUCAACGCCACACACUCCACAAGCUUGCCAUUUUUCUCCUCCUCCUCCUCCUCCCCCCACUCCUCCUCCUACAACCCCGCCUCCUCCUCCUCCCCCCCCUACCUAUCCUCCUCCUCCUCCUCCACCCCCCAAUCCUCCUACGCCUCCGCCUUCUCCUCCUCCUCCUCCUCCUCCUCCUACAACCCGGCCUCCUCCUCCUCCCCCCCCUACCUAUCCUCCUCCUCCUCCUCCUCCACGCCGUCGUCUUUAUCAUGGACAGGAACAAGAGCAGCGGUAUCAUCGCCAGCACCUGUGCUUCCAAUGCGCCACGUCACGGAGUUAACGGUGGAGAUUGCUCGAUACACACCGUCUGGUACAACGGGAUGUCGUAGUCGUGGAAGCACAAGCUCAAGAGGAAAUGCUUGGCCGUUCUAUAUUGAGCCCCGGGUGCAGAAACGAUGCACCCACUGGGCCCACUGGGAGCUGCAUAGCCCGCGUGAUGGUGAGCAAGGCGGCACUUCAAGCGAUCAUUGGCCGUAUGCGGUCGGAAUACCCGUCGGCGUCGAGGACAACAAGGAUCCCACGAUUUUUACACGUGGCAUGGUCAUCCUUGUCGCGAUCCUAGGGCCGGCUUCUCUCCUCUUGCUCGGGUAUUUAUUCUGGAGGUACUUUAUCCCGUGUCUGUCUGGGAGAGGGAGGAGAGGACACGUGGCACAAGCAGAAGAAAGGAGAGGAAGAGGUUCAGCCUCAGCCGUUGAAAGCCGGUGGAUUGAGCCAUUGGCACAACCACCACGCACCACCUCCUCCUCCUCCUCCUCCUCCUCCUCCAUUGCCGCCGUCGUCGGCGGCGGGGCGUCGGUGAUAGGCAUGAUCGGACUCACCGGCGACCAGCAGGUCGGCCAUGUCACUGGUGGAGAGUCCAUUGCCAAUCGUGCUGAUCAGCCAUUGACAAGUACUCCCACGCAUGCCACGUGGGAUCACGAUGUCGUCGCAGUCGUACUGUGUCCACAUCCCUCUGAUCUUCCCUGGCUUGGACUCGCCCAGCCUCCUCCGCCGUGGUGGGGACCACCAUAGGCGUUGCUCGCUGAGUCCGGCUGUUGAGCCAGAGAUCGCCGGCUCGAUCCCACGGCAGGAGGUCGACCAAGACCCGUACACAGACAUCGCUGGAGAGUCGAUUGCUACUCGUGAUCAUCAGCCUCUGCCACGGACUCCUCGUGGCACAGCGAGCGUCGUCGCACGCAGUGCAGUCGUCGUGUGUCCGAACCCCUCUGAUUGAACGCGGCUGGCAAUCGCACGGCCUCCUCCGCCGUGGUGGGGACCACCAUAGGCGUUGCCGGUCUCUCCCAAGUAUUAUUUCACGUGGAGCGACGGGGUCGUCGCAGUCGUAUUGUGUGCAGAUCCCCUGAUACUGCCAUCAAAUGAGGAAUCUCCCGUUUGAAACGUUUUUCGUCCGUUUACGCCCGUUUGCUCAGGUAAACGCAAAUGAAUGUCUCCAACUCCCUGUGAUUUUCAAUGGCCGGGAGUCAUCCAGCCUCCUCAGCCAUGUGGUGGGGACCACCAUACCUGUGGCGGCGUUCCCAAGGAAUGGGUAAUCUCCAGGAAACGGGACCGUUUGCGUCCGUUUACGUCCGUUAACUGACGCAAAUGAAUGUCUCCAAAUCCCUGUGUGAAUUUCCAUGACUGAGAAUCAUCACGCCCCCUCAGCCGUAUGGUGGGGACCACCACCAUAGCCCUGGAGGCGUUCCCAAGGAAUGGGUAAUCUCCAGUAAACGGGACCGUCUGGCCCCUUUGCGGCCGUUUAGUCAGGCAAAUGAAUGUCUCCAAAUCUG